AUGGUUAUCGGUAAAGAGAGCUUAGGCCGUGUGCAAACACGAUCAGAUUUCAUCGAAUUAGUAUGUGAUCUUGGUCACCUGAAGAUCGUAUGCGCACGCACCAUCAGAAAUCGCGUGAUAAGGAGUCUUGAGGAGCCAGAAAGCUCCUAG